AUGGCUACUCCCAACGGAACAGAGCCACCCAAUUUCGGCAGAGAAGAACUCGAAUCGCGGUUCAACUCCGUCAUGACGCUGUCCCGUUCUGAAGCUCCACGCGCCCUUGUGCAGCAAGCUGCGGCCGCGCUUCUUCUGGAAUCAGGGCUUCUUUCCAGAGAACAAUCCCUUCUCCAUUCUUUGCUCACUCAUGUCCCCGAGGGAUAUGUUGAGCACGCGGAAGAAGCGCUCAGGCAUGCCAACCUAGCCGCAUCCACCAUGUCGAUCAUCUACCCUGUCAUUGGAGAUGAUGCGCAGCCACUGAUCACCAUAUUGGAGAUGUCCCUGGAGAAAGCGCGUCGCUGCAAGGCCAUCGUUGACCGCGCGGUAAAGGAGAAAGUGGUUGACACACAAGUUAUGAUGAAUCUUUUUGCCAAUGAAGACGAGCUGAAGCUAUUCCUCAAGCGAUACAUCGCUGCCAUGGACGCCGCCCAUGGACCUCCUCAGACCCUGCCCGCGGAUGACCUUUUACUCGAUGGAGCGUCUGCUUCUGAUCCCGAGACGAGUUUGCUGUUCAGCCGCCUCUCGGUUCGUCUGCGAUUCGCCAAAGAAGCUACGGAAGCCGCUUCCGAGGAUCCUGACCCAGAGGAUGCUGCUACUCCCGAGAACACUACCCCCAAAGUCCAAGAGACCAGCGGCAAUACUCCUGAUGCGGCGAUCAAGCCAGAGCUUAUCUAA